AUGUUGCAGGGUAGAUAUACUACUUCGGACGGCGAUGACCACACUGUUGACCACAGAAUGUCGCAAUCGUACGAGGAGCCCAAGUACGUUACGCCUGACGGGCUAGCUCAAGUGCCUCGCCAGCGACUAUCACAACAACCUGCAGAGGAGGCUAGGGCACUGCUUGGUACCGGACACGACCGCAGCGGUUCAGUCCAUCAGAAUCGCCAGGAGUCGAUGUUGAGAUUCCAGCAUGGCCGUUUUACGUCCCAUUCAAGCUUUCAGACCGAAGACAAUGCUACUACAUUAAACGGUCACAACACGACUAACGCAACCAAAAGAGGCAGCGCCCAGCUGGGAGACCGAUUUUUUAGGAGAGGGAAGAAGAAAAUCGGAGUACUGGCCAGUCUGAAGGGGAUAGCACUUCAUUCGUGGCUUAACCCCUUCGUCGUCUUCAUACCCAUCUCAUGGGUCGCCCACUUUUACAACGCCAGUCGACACCAUGAGGGGGGGUCCUUUGGUAUCCCUUAUCCCCUCAUAUUUUUAUUCUCCCUUCUUGCAGUCAUGCCACUCCAGAAGUUCUUUGAUUACGGUGGUGAACAAAUGUCUUUCUAUGUCGGAAAGGACCUUGGGGACCUCAUCGUCGUUACGUUGAACAAUGCCGUGGAAGCCACGUUAGCGGUAAUUUUGCUGAUCAAGUGCGAAAUCAAGCUGCUUCAGGCGACUAUUAUUGGUGUCAUCCUGUUGCAUCUCCUUCUAGUCCCGGGGACAGCUUUCAUUGUUGACGGCGCGCGUUUGUUGCACCAAGACCUUCAUCCUCAUCUUACGCAACUCAAUCAUACUCUACUUAUUAUGGGAGUGUUAUCGCUGCUCCUACCUGGUGCUUUCUUUAGUGUCAUAGAUCGCUCUGACUCCCCGACAACCCAUGGAGUUGAUGACACCACACGCCACACAUUUCUGAUGAUGAGUCGCGGUCUAGCGGUGAUUCUUUUAGUCGUGUACAUUUCUUCUCGUUUCUACCUCCAUAACCCACCUGGAGACGAAGAAAUGGAGGUUCCUAUGUCGUUGAGGAACGAAGAAGAGUAUCUACUUCAGUCGGAGCCCGCCCUUAACCAGUGGGUCUGCAUUGGGAUGCUGAUUGUUGCCCUGGGGUUGAUGGCUACAACCGCCGUUUGGCUGGUAGAUAGCGUUGAGGUCGUUAGACUCGAAGGCAAUAUCCCGGAGGAGUGGUUCGGGCUCAUUCUUCUCCCUUUCGUUUCUUUCUCUGCAGACGGGGCUCUUGCGCUCGGCUAUUUCGUCCGAUAUGUCAUCCAAGCUCUUCGAGGCAAAGAAAACCCCCCAGCGAGGUUAGCAAGAGCACAGGCCAUUGACCUUUCCAUUCAAUUUAUCCUGUUCUGGAUGCCGGCUAUAGUUUUACUUGGUUGGUGGAUGGGUAGACCGCUUCCUUUGUUAUUUGAUUUCUUCGAGAUCGCGAUCCUCUUCGGAUCUUGCUUCUUGGUGAACUAUGUCACUCAAGACGCGAAGACAAACUGGGCUGAGGGAGUUGCGAUGGUCGGAUUUUAUGCUAUGAUCGUACUGUGCGCCUGGUUCUAUCGCGGACCAAAGGAUAUAGUCGAGUUACUCAAAUUCGGAGUUUGUACGCAUGCGGGAGGUCAUUAG